AUGUCGUCAGACCCCAUUCGAUCGGCCCUCAACGGGAAUGAUAGCUGCAUCUCACCAGCUACAAACCUUCAACCUGACUCCGAAGAGUAUAGGAAGGUUGAGGCCAUGAUGCAAAGAGUGAUGCAAUUCAUGUGUGACGAGUUCCGCACCAUGAAUGACCGCAUUUCUGAGCUCAGAACCGAGGUCGGCGCAAUCAGCGAGGGCAAAACAAUGUCAGCUCUUGAAAGCAUCAAUGAGCGCUUGAGCCAUCUCAAUGACAUCAAUGCACGCUUCAAUGAGACCGGCAUGCUUGAUCACGGGGACGUCAAGGCUCUUGACAUCUUCGAUGGGCGACUCCUCAGCAUCGAAGAGGACAUCAAAUUUCUCAAGCACUCCAUCCAAGGCACCACCGACGAGUCUGAUGACUCCAUCAAGUGCUAUCUCGGCAAGAUUGAAGAGCGUCUUAUCAACCUGGAAGGCAACCUGCAUCGCCUGGAGGAUCGGAUGUUCGCCAACCUUGACGGUGCAAUUGAUGACGAAACGGGCUUUAUCACGGUCGUGAUGGACCCUGUUGACUUCCAAAAGCUGGACGCGAUGAGCCCAACUGAGAUAGCGCAGAAGCUUCGCGAAAAGGGCUCGGGCUGGAAAAUUGAAAGUAUCAAGCUGAGGCGUCCAAAGACAGCAGAUCAGCAAUCCCAAGUCCUCAUCAAUUUCCUGACUCGGGACUCAGAGCAGUACAUGCGACAGCACAUUUCGGAGAUGAGUGAGCUGUUCGGUCUUGAGCACGGUGUCUUUUGCCUUUCCCCGGUCUAUACCAUGCACGUCGAGCAUCUGGUGCCGCACUUGGCCAAAAAUGGGAUGCAGCAUAAAGACUUGGAAGAAGCCCUUCUGAAGUCACUUGGUGUAAAGGACCUCAAAGCGAAGGUUACCUACGAUCGCAUGCUCCUCAAAACCACGUCCUUCGAUCUUGUCAACAGACUUUGCUUGACAGGCGUGAACAUAAUGGGCCAUUACUACGACGUUAAACCCUUUUGCGUCCAAGGUACGCCGCUGUUCUGCUACCGAUGCUGGAAGACAGGCCACUUCAAGGAGGAUUGCACCGUCAGUGUCAUGCUGUGCGGGCGAUGUUCUGGUGCCCAUGAUACAAGGGGCUGCAAGGCGCCGGCUCGCUGCUGCAACUGCAAAGGCCCUCAUCCCACCUGGUCUCCGGAGUGCAAAACCGUUCUGUCGAUGGAAGAGCACCGGAACUCGGCUUGGUAUCGACAGCUCGCGCCUCACUGGGCUAAGAACUUGAACAAGACCGGAAAGCCUAUUCUUCCAACGGUUACCAAGACUAAAACGCAGAAGGCCAGUCCUGCCGGAAGCUCGCCUGCUACGUCUGCUGGACAAAGUGGUGCAUCUUCCCCCAAGGCGGCCGAGAAACGAUCGGUCGGUAGGCCGAAAGCGCUGCCUACCAAGGAGCCUGGACAGCAGACACUCGGCCAAUUCUUAAAGACUCCCAGUAACAGGGCAUCUCCGGCCCCUCCCAACGAUCCUUCUUCUGCUCCAGAUGCCGACAUGGCCGGUAUGGAUACUGCCUCUCCUCAACCCAUUCAGGGCACAGGAAGUGCAAACUCUGCCACUCCAUCAUCAACAGCCGGUGUGACUAGGUCUUCUGUCAGUGACGUCGACAGCUCUCUUGCGGCCAUGGAUAUCGACACAGCUAGCACGGCUGACAACGAGGCCGCUGAAAUCCAGGCUCUCCAGCCCGAGUCAUCGGAGGUCAGCAGCACUACCCAGAGCCAGGGCAACACAAAGGUUGGCAAAGAGGGAGACAACAAGAACAACAAUAAGAAUAACAACAAGAGCAACAACAAGAGCAACAACAAGAAUAAUAAUAAGAACAAAAAUAAUAAUAAAAAUAACAAGAACAAGAACAAGAACAAUAAUAGCGCUACUAAUAGGAAGAAGACACAGACAUCAAACGCCCCCAACAGUACGCCCUCUUCGGGAUCCGGUUCCUCUCAAUCACAAGUCAGCAAUAAGCCCAGCGGUGCAAACAAAAAGAAAAGGUUCUCCUACAAGGACUAUCUAGCGUGGAAGAAAACGCAGGAACAGGCAGCUGACGCAACCAACGAUCCUCCUGCUCCUCUCAUCAGCGCUCCUGAAAUUACGCCUUCCAACACGCCUCCUGAUUCUGCUAUGAGUCUCAACAACAUCUCACAACCGAUGUCUCUCUCCGACAACCACGAUGGGCCACUGAGUCUCCUCCACCCUGAGAUGACUUCACAGGCAAUAUCUAUUCCCGGCAAGCGUGAAGGGCCACAGGGUCGGCCACCCCCGCAGAAGAGAAGGAAGCCGUCGAGCAGUAUGGAUAAUGGAGGUGACACCAGGGACGUAGUGGUGAAGGAAAGUGCAACCAAUGCACAGCCAUGA